AUGAAUGAUUCCUCCUCCUUCCCCCCGUAUGAACGUGGAAUAAGGAAAAAAGAAAGCGUUUUAAAGUAUGCAUGGACACUCUUCACAAAAGAGAGUAACCAAAAAGGAAACAACGAUCAAAACAACGAGCAAAACAACGAGCAAAACAACGAGCAAAACAACGAGCAAAACAACGAACAAAACAACGUCAUGAAUUGUCCAGGUUAG